GACUGUCACCUCAACAACUACAAAAUCAACACGCUAGCCGGCUUGAGCACCUUUGCUGUUGUUUGUUUUUCUCUCGUUUCAAGGUAUUUUCAUGGUUUUAUUUUCACAGAUCUUCUGUGUGUAAUGAAUUUUGUUCAAUGGAUUUACUAGUUCCUGUCCAUUGAGUUUUGUUCUUAAUUUUCUUUCUGUGCUUUCUCCUUCUGAAAAUGCAAGAUUUAUUUCAUUAUCGUAUCUUCGCUCUAUUUAGGCGUUUUACUUGCUGGUUUGGCUGAUCUUCCCAAAAUAACUGUUGUUUUUUGAUUUUAGUUUGUCCAAAAUUAUUUUGGGAUAGAGCAAGUAUUUGCUUGAAUGAAAGAUUGGAUAUGGUGCUCUGCUUUUUUUUCUUUUUUCUUUUUUCUUUUUAAAGAAUAUAGCAGCUAAACUAAAUUCUCCAUUAGGGGGGCUAAUGAUGCUUAAAUAUAAUCAUAGUGCUUGUGUAUAAUCAAUAAUUGUAUAACAUGAGCUACAAGAAAAAAAAAUUAUUCAGCUUUUGUGUUUUGUAAUGAACUUUUACCAGAUGUGUUCAUGGUUUCAUACCAACAUGUUUAUGUUCUAUUUCCACUUUGAGAAUUCAGAGGCUUGUCCCUAGUACACCAUUAUGUGAGAAAACUGAGAAGUGGGAAAGGAAGAUUGGAGCUACUGGAAAUUGUUGGGAUGGGCGGUAUGGAAAGAAAGAUCUCCAACCUAUAUUUGUUGGAUAUUCUUUCCGAUGCCACCCAUUCCCAUGAUUUCCAGUUGUUGUUCCCUUUCCCUUCUAGUUCUACUUCAGAUCUGGGUUGUUGCCUACUCCGCCGCUUGUGAUAUAGUAGCAGCUGACGGUCACAAGGCAAGGGGUCUCAUAAGUAUGCUCCUCAUUUUGUUAACUAACGUUCAACUUUUGUGGAGGUAACACUAGAAGGUAUUUUCCCUGCAACUUUAGCUAGUUUUUCUUUGGUAAAAGGCUAAGGUAGAGGAGGUAUCCCCUGCUUUUCUAGCCUGUUUUCUGAAGUUUGAUUAGAACUUUUUAUCCUUCUAGCACUAUGUCCAUUUCAUAGUAAUACUUUGGUUAAAAGCUGCAGGCCAUUGGGUUGCGCCCCUGUUCAAGAAUGGGGAAGUGCAUCGCUAGCUUGGCUCCUUGCACCCCUAUUCUCUUUGGUGUACAUACUGGACAAGGAACGCGCCACCUGCUUGAUUUGUGCUGUAUUGGUUUUACUUUUAACAUUGUUGCUUAUUUUACUUGCACACAUACUCAGUCAUUACUAUUUUUUGAAAUUGAAUAAUUCAUCAUUUUCAGGCCAAAAAAGAAAAUAUGCUGGUGGUGGGAUUGAAUGGAGAGGAGUCUCAUCCAUACUCAAACCAAAAAGGGGUCAGAAGGAGAAGGCUGAUGACAUGGUUAGUAUUGAUUUCUGAAAAUGGCAAAUGGUUGAGAAUAAAGAUAACACAAUCAACACCACCAUUAUCCUUUCCACACAUUCUUGAAAAUAAUGAAUAUUCUCCAUUACUUUGGUCAUUGCUGCAGUAAUUUCAAUUCAAACCAUCCACCCAUAUGCUUCAAUAUUCUUUCCGAUUCAAAAUGUUCGAUUAUUCUUGGAAGAAAUUGCAUCUAGUUUGGGUUGUACAGUAACUUGCAAGUAAUGUGUUUCAGGCACCGCUAACCAAGCAGAGAAAGAUUAAUAUUCUAUUUCUAGGAGAACCGAGAACGGUGCUUUCUCGAAAGGGAUAAGCCUAGAGAUUGUCUGCAUUCUUCCUUCAUUGCCGACAGCAGCCAGUUGUCAGGAUUCUCGAAGCAAAGAUUGGUACCACAUGAUUAAAGACUGAUCGGCCUUUUCUCUUAACCACUUCCAAACAUAAUCGAGGAAUAACAAGAAAUUCGCAUCAUCAUCCAAUAAUAUCACUUUCUGUUGUGUACAGAAUGUUAUAGAUUUUAAUUUAUAUAUAUAUAUAUAUAUAUAUCAUGCGUUUUUUGUUUUUCAAGAAAGAAUAUUUGCAUUU